AUCACGAGUUAUUAACGGAUAAAAAUUUAAUUGUAAUUGUUCAAAUAAAAAUUCCAAAAGAAAAGUUUGCGGAAAUGCGAGUAGCUUUUCAAGCUUUAUCUAAAUCGGAACAAGAAAUAUUUUUAAUAGAUGGUGGAAUAAUAAGUAAUAGUAAAUGUCUUAAAAGAAAAAUUAGAUCUAAUAAAAGAACAUUUUAUCAUUGGAAUCAUAAUACAUCACUUUAUAAAAAUGUUGCAAAAGCAGUUAAGAAUUUUCUGGAGAAUUAUGCUGAAAUUCAUGGAUUACCAAGUCCUGGUAGAAAUGUCAACCGAAUUACUCAAUCACUUAUAUUUUUACCAGCAUCGCGACUUUCUUGCAGGUCUUGA